AUGGGUCUCAAGGACAAGAUUGAAGAAAUCAUGGAGUUCCGCCGUCUGGAAAACAGAUAUGCUCGCCGCAAGAACCGACACACUCUUACCUAUGGUGCCCAGUAUGUCGACGGAGAAUACAUCUACGGCCCCGGCAGCCCAGCUGUCUCUCCAUCCCCAUCAGCCACCACUGUGCGGAAGCAGUCCACCGGCGGCAAGUCCUCCAAGUGGGGAGGAAAGUAA